GGCCUGUAACACACGGUGUCCGCUCAGUCUUAAUGUUCCACUUAUCCGGAUCGAACAAAAAACACAAUGUCGGGCACUAAAUACUGUUUCGCAAUCGAUCGCGGUGGCACUUUCACGGACGUGCUGUGCAUUUGUCCGGGUGGCAAAGUGCGAACCAUGAAGUUGCUCUCCGAGGAUCCAGAGCGGUACAGCGAUGCGCCACGGGAGGGCAUCCGCCGGAUACUUAAGGAGGAGACCGGUGAGGACCUGGCCGCGAGCGGCUUGGUGGAUACCUCGAAGAUCGGUUGGGUUCGCAUGGGCACUACGGUGGCCACCAAUGCUCUCUUGGAACGCAAGGGAGACCCAGUGGUCCUGGUGGUGAACAGUGGCUUCCGUGACCUGCUCUACAUUGGCAACCAGGCCAGGCCGAAGAUCUUCGAUCUGAACAUUCGCAAGCCAGCGAAUCUAUACAAGUCCGUAGUCGAGGUGGACUGCCGCAUAAUUCCAAAGCAGGCGGACCGCUGUGAGCUCAAUCACAGCUGGAAGGAGCUGGAGGGUGUGGCCGGCACCAAGUAUCUGGAGGUGCAUCCCGUUGAUGAGGUGGCAGUACGACAAGCCCUCUCAGCUGCCCGUGAUCAGGGUGUCUCAUCCGUGUCCGUGGUCUUGGCCCACAGCUACGCCUGCCCGAAGCACGAGCUCCGAGUGGGAGCCAUUGCCCGGGAGCUCGGCUUCAGCCAUGUGACGCUGUCCCACCAGGCCAUGCCCAUGUGUCGGGUGGUGGCCCGUGGUUAUACGGCCUGCGCGGAGGCCUACCUGACUCCCCACGUAGACCGUUACUUGGCCAGCUUCAAAUCCGGUUUCGACAAGCAGUUGGAGGGUGUGGAUGUGCUCUUUAUGCAAUCUGAUGGAGGUCUGACCAAUAUGGAGAACUUCCGUGGAGCUCGGGCAAUUCUCUCGGGUCCAGCUGGAGGAGUUGUAGGAUACGCUCUGACAGGAGCCCGGGAAACGGAACUGCCACUGAUCGGUUUCGACAUGGGCGGCACCUCUACGGAUGUGUCCCGGUAUGCCGGAACCUACGAGCACGUGAUCGAAAGCACCACAGCAGGUGUAACGAUCCAGGCUCCGCAGUUGGAUAUCAAUACUGUUGCUGCAGGCGGUGGAUCCCGUCUUUUCUUCCGAUCUGGCAUAUUUGUGGUGGGUCCAGAAUCGGCAGGAUCUCAUCCUGGACCUGCUUGCUACAAGAAGGGCGGGCCACUGACAGUCACUGAUGCCAAUCUAGUGCUAGGACGCAUUCUGCCACAAUACUUCCCGAAGAUCUUUGGUCCGCGGGAGAACGAACCGCUGGAUCAUGAGAUCGCAAGGAGUAAGUUUGUGGAGCUCCAGGCCGAGAUCAACAACUAUUUGAAGAGUUCCGGAGACAAUAGAGUCUUAAGCGUCGAGGAUGUGGCCCUCGGUUUCAUUCGGGUGGCCAAUGAAACCAUGUGCCGUCCGAUUCGUGCCUUGACCCAAUCACGAGGAUUGGAUACGGCCAACCAUGUGCUCUCCUGCUUUGGAGGAGCCGGUGGCCAGCACGCCUGUUCCAUUGCCCGAAAUCUGGGAAUUGCGAAGGUAGUCGUCCACAAGUACGCCGGAAUUCUGUCUGCCUAUGGAAUGGCUCUGGCGGAUGUGGUGCAAGAAUUCCAAGAACCGAAUGGCCUGGAGUUCAGCGAUGCGAAUGCCCAGCAACUGAAGGAGCGUUUGGACGCCUUGUCCAAGCAAUGUCACGACAAGUUGUCUGAGCAGGGAUUCAAGCGCAUUGAGCUGGAGCCCUUCCUUCACUUGCGAUACGAAGGCACCGAUGGCGCCUUAAUGGUUGCUCCUUCAACUGGAAAGCAGUCAUCCGAUUCAAAUCCCCUAUUAGCGGCCUACGGAGAUUUCCAUGCCACCUUCCUGGAGCGCUAUCGCACUGAGUUUGGAUUCGUAUUGCAAAACAGACGGAUUAUUGUCGACGACAUUCGCAUUCGAGGAUUGGGCAAGAACGAAACCCCACCGGAGUCGAAAGUUCAGGCUGCCGCCGAAGUGAAGCCACCAGCGGAGGCGAAUACUCGACUUUACUUUGACCAGGGCGCUUUCGAUGCUCCGAUUUACCUGACCAAGAACCUACUGGCCGGACAUAGGAUCAGCGGGCCUGCGGUGCUCAUUGACCAGCUCUCGACCAUCGUCGUCGAACCAGAGUGUAGUAUCCAAGUUACUCAGUUUGGAGACCUUAUCAUGGACGUGAAAACGGGUGGCAAGCAUGGCAUCAAUGCGGACUUGGAUCCUGUGCAUCUGAGCAUCUUUAGCCAUCGGUUCAUGAGUAUCGCCGAGCAGAUGGGAAGGGUGCUCCAGCGCACUUCGAUUUCCACCAACAUCAAGGAGCGUCUGGACUUCUCUUGUGCCCUUUUCGGACCAGAUGGUGGUUUGGUUAGCAAUGCUCCCCACAUUCCAGUUCACCUGGGUGCCAUGCAAGAAACCGUCCAGUAUCAACUCAGGGUGCGCGGAGAGACCCUCAAGAACGGCGAUGUCAUCCUGGCCAACCAUCCAUCGGCAGGAGGAUCUCACUUGCCCGAUUUAACUGUCAUCACGCCGGUCUUUUAUGAAACUCAUCCGCGACCCGUUUUCUUUGUGGCCUCCCGUGGUCACCAUGCGGAUAUUGGUGGAAUUACUCCUGGAUCUAUGCCGCCGCACUCCACCUCGUUGGCCCAGGAGGGUGCCGCCUUCAAGUCCUUCCUGAUUGUAGAGAAUGGCCUGUUCCAGGAGCAGCAGAUCAUCGAGCAGCUGACCACGCCCACGGCCGCAAAGGGAGCUGUGGGAACCCGGAACUUGAGCGACAACCUAUCAGAUCUGAAGGCUCAGAUCGCCGCCAACCACAAGGGCAUCCAGCUGGUGGCGGAGCUGAUCGGCAGCUAUGGAUUAGAUGUGGUCCAGGCCUACAUGUCGCACAUCCAGAAGAACGCCGAACUGGCGGUUCGUGAUAUGCUGCGUCAGAUUGGCCGGGAUACUUUGGAGCGCACUGGAUCGACAGUGCUAGAGGCGAAGGAGUUCAUGGACGACGGCUCACCCAUCGCCCUCAAGGUGACCAUCGAUGCGGAGCAGGGAUCGGCUCUUUGCGACUUCACCGGAUCGGGAGUGGAAGUUUGGGGCAACUGUAAUGCUCCGCGGGCUAUCACGUUGUCCGCCCUAAUCUACUGCCUGCGCUGCAUGGUGGGCCACGAUGUGCCACUCAACCAGGGCUGCCUGGCACCCAUCCAGGUGAUCAUUCCGAAAAACUCCAUCCUGGAUCCCUCCGAGGGAGCAGCUGUGGUCGGCGGCAAUGUGCAGACAUCGCAGCGCAUCGUGGACACGGUUCUGAAGGCUUUCGGAGUUUGUGCCGCCUCGCAAGGAUGCAUGAACAAUAUAACUAUUGGGGAUGAGUCUUGGGGUUACUAUGAGACCGUGGCCGGAGGAGCUGGUGCCGGACCCGGUUGGCAUGGAGCCGGCGGAGUACAUACCCACAUGACGAACACUCGCAUCACUGAUCCGGAAAUCCUUGAACUGCGCUAUCCCAUGAUCCUGAAGAGAUUCUGCCUUCGCACAGAUGGCUCCGGCGGAAGAGGCCAGUUUAACGGAGGCGAGGGUGUGGAGCGGGAUCUGCUCUUCCGUAAGCCAGUUACCCUGUCCGUCUUGACAGAGCGACGAACUCUGCAGCCCUACGGUCUCGCUGGUGGAGAAUCGGGCAAGAGUGGACGCAAUUUGGUGGUGAAACGGGAUGGUCGAGUGAUCGCUCUGGCAGGAAAAACCUGCAUUGAUGUGGAAGCUGGGGACACCUUUGCCAUGAAAACUCCCGGCGGGGGCGGGUAUGGACCUAUUGAAGACUUUUCCAAGUCCGGUGAAUCCUUGAAUCAGGAAACCAGCAAACGAUACGUGGAACGUGGCACUGUCUUUAAUUAUCUUCAGUGCCAGGAGUCUGCCUAAGCAAAGUUUUAAUUUUGCUAUUAUAUGUGCCAUAUUAAUAAAUGUCCCUUGACGUUUGAAACA